ACUCAGAAGCAAAUUUAGAACUUGUCUUAUUUCCCAGAAACCAGUUACAUUUCCCUCAAACCAACCAACAAAUCUACCAACAUUUAUUUCCCAUUAAUCUCUUCUUCGUCACCAAAUCAAACCCUUAAAUUCAAAGGCUUCUCAAUUCUGAUUCACCUCUCAGUUUUCAAUGGACCUUCCCCUUCACCGGAAGUGUCUCGAUUUCUCUCGCCGAAACAGAAAAUGGCUCCUCCUAACCGCCACCAUCGGCGCCUCCGGUUACGGCGCUUACAGAGCCUACAAUUCCCCCUACGUCGUUCAGAAGAGGAACUGCUUCAUCAAGCUCAUCAGAGCCUUCGUUUCCGUCGCUGAAAUGGUUUCCAAUUCCGCAGACACCGUUUCCCUUCUCUCCCACGACCUCAACCACUUCCUCACCUCCGAUUCCGACGAAAUCCCAAAUAGCUUGAAGCAACUUUCCAAAAUCGCAGCAUCGAAAGAAUUCUUGGAAACCUUGUCUAGGGUUUCCGAGUCCGUAACGCUUGGGAUUGUGCUCGGGUGUAAAUCCCAAUUCAAUUCCUCCGGUGAAGGUUCUAGCUUCUCCGAUAAGGUGGCGGAGAAGCUUAUGUCGAAAGCUGGAACUGGUUUUGUCUCGGUUGUGGUUGGGAGUUUUGCUAGGAAUUUUGUUCUGGCUUUCUUCUCUGAUGCUGAUUCUGUUGGUGUGAGGUCGAAUUCAGAUGAUGUUCCUCGGUGGGUGCGUGUGAUUUGUGAUGAGAGGUGUGGGAAGCUGAUUGGGGAUUGUGUGAGGACUUUUGUGAGCACUGCGGUUGCUGUUUUUCUGGAUAAGACGAUGGAUGUCAACACCUAUGAUGAUUUGUUUGCUGGAUUGUCCAAUCCGAAACACCAUGAUAAGGUGAAGGGGAUUCUGAUUUCUGUGUGUAAUGGUGCUGUUGAGAGCUUUGUUAGGACUUCUCACCAGGUGUUGACGAAUCCGAGUGCGAAACGGUCCGAUUCAAGCUCAUCCCUGGCUUCUGUUGUUGGUAAGAUCGAUGGGCCGGGUUUGAUUGAAGAUGGGUGCUUGAAACCGGAAGCAUUGCUUCAGCAACUCAGAGUUAGUGGGGUUGGGGAUUCCGGGUGGAUUGAGCAGAUUAGGUCAGCAUUGUCCGUGCCGGCUAACCGGAGGUUUGUGAUUGAUGUGACCGGGAGAGUUACACUCGAAACAGUGAGGUCAUUUGUGGAGUUCUUGUUGUGGAGAAUGUCGGAUGGACUCAAGAGCACUCUUAGUAAAGUUCGUGAGGAGGUUGUGGACAGAGGACACGAAGUAGUGAGAUACGUUGGAGCUAAGUCAUCUGUUAUUCUUACCUUGUGCCUUGCUUUGUAUUUGCAUAUUUUGGGGGGUAGUAGGAUAAUAAUGCCUGCUUAGUAUCAUUGAUUCUACCCUCUUGGUUGUAAUGCACUUGGAAUUCAAUGGUAAGACCUAUAGAUGUUCCAAGUACUAAACUUGAGGUCACACUUUAGUGGGUGAAAAUCUCAAGUUACCUCUUUUAGCCUUUUUCCAUACCCCCCUAAAGAAAAACUUGAGCCUUCUUUAGAUAUGUUUGUAUUCUCGUUGACACUACUACAAAUGCAAGUUAGCACACACUUCAAGACAAAAAAAUUGGGAGAAAAGUCUGAUCACAUUUCAUUCAA